AGUUAAUUUUUUGAGUACGUAAUUCAAUAGCUUUUGGAAAUAUUGAUACAGAAUAAUUUAUGAAUUUGUUGUAUUAAUAGUAUAUAGAGAACAACAUUUUUUAUACAAGAAAAAAAAGCAUUUGAGUAGUUAAGGUCAGAUUUUAAGUGUGAGUCUCCAUCUAGAGACGAUUCGUAUAAGCUGUAGUCAGAAUGUUGUACAUAUUUCGCUAGGAGGUGUCUCUAAAUAUCCCAUAAUCAAAAAAUAAAAUUUUCAUUCAUCUCACACCUUAAUAUAAUUGUAAAUAACGCCUUUGCCUACGUUAAUUUACUUAAGGGAUAAGUAGAUAAAUAAUUUAGCUUUAUCUGACUAAUGCAGUACAUAUGACAUAUCCGCUUCAUUUUUAUAAGAGUUCAUUUUAGUAUGGCGUUUAACCAGGUACCUGUUGAUUUUAAUCUUUUAGAAGAUAUGAAUAAAGAUAAUAAUUCUGAUGAGCGCAAUUUACACAAAUGGGAAUAUAAUUUGAAAAAUAUGUCGGUUAAAAAGAAUCCCAAGAUGUUUGUUGAAAAUACUGUGCAGUUUAUGGAAUCCAUUUACGCAUUGGCUUCUUCCAAAUCGUAUACGGAUCAAAUAUUCUUGUCGAGGAAGCAUUUAGGAACUUUAAUGAAUAAAUUUACUGAUGAGACAAUGGAGAUAUUCAUAAAAUAUUUAACCCCGUGGAUUAUUGAAAAAAUAAUAGAUGGAAAUGGAAGUGGUUGGUGCAUAAAAAAAGAACAUCUAAAAUGUGUUAAUACUCUUUUACCUAAGAUCAUGAAUAACAUAUAUUUUAUGGGGAUAUUAAUCAAGGAAAUUUCACCAGUCUAUAUAUACAAACUGAUAGAAAGCUUACAUGUUUAUGGUGAUUUUGAUUUGCAAAUUAUGAUUUUACAAACAAUUUUUGCUGUAUAUGGCAAAAUAAGAAUUAUUGCCAAUUUAAAGCAAAUAAUGCCAGAUUUGAUUGACCUAAGACAGGAUAUUUCCCAAAUCAACGAAGAAGAUUCUUUUAGAGAGGACUGCAGAAAAUUUUUGAAUAAAAUGAAUGCAAACCAAGGAAAAAUAUUUUCUUUGCAAUGCAAAAAUAUACAGUUGAAUGAAAAUACUUAUGUUGUACCUAUGGAAUCUAUAUGUGGCGUUUGGGUUGAUUUUAAUUUACUUGACAACGUAAUGAGUUGGCAACAGAAUGUUUCUUCAAAUGAUACAUGGGAAGUUAUUACGCUAUUUAGUUCUGAAGUGGAGACAGUAUUUUUAGGUACAUCCCAGGAAACAUUUUUCGUCACAUUGAAUAUAAGUGGAAGUUGUAUUUCUUCCAUCGCAGAAAACCAAGACACCGCGGACAAAAUUAAAUCCAUAAAUUUAGUAAUAGAAAACUCUGAGAUUGGAGAUGCGUUGAUUAAAGAUAUUUUACCCAAGGUGUUUGGUACAAAGUAUAAAUAUUCUCCAAAAACCGUUGACAAAACUUUUAGUAUGAAUCACAAACCAUUAUCAAUCGAUGUAAGAAAGCGAAGGGAUCGUGAUAGUAAUGAUACCAUUGACGUAAGUCUGACAAGAGGACUAAAUCCAAUUUCUUUUGGUUCCAUUUCUAACGAAAGUUCAGAUAGCAAUAAUUCAAUGAGAUUUUCUGAUACCAAUAAAACAGGUGAAGAAAAUCUCAUCAAUACAGAUGAUCCUAAUAGGUCAUAUUUACCAGGAAUAAUAGAAACUGGAUUGAGAAGCACACAAAUCUUAGCUGGUCGUUGUAGUAAUAAGACUUUCAAUUAUAAAGAGAUCAUUAGAUCUCGAGAACUUUCUCAAGACUGUGACAAUAUUUCUAGAUCAGGUAAUAAUCUAUCGCAAUCGAGUAUGUUUUUUAGUCCAAAAAACGUGAAAGAUACACAAAGAGUCUACAAAAUGGACCGCCACGUAUUAUCAAAUAUAACUGAACGAUCGAAUAUAGUUUCAUCUCCAAAGGAUAAUAAUAACCAUGACAAAAUAACAAUCGAUAUCGAGAAAACCCGAGACAAACCUAAGACAUUCACAUUUUCUAAUAUAUUUUUCACAUGUACUGACCAGAAAUCAUCAAAUAAUUUGAAGGAGUUGAAUAAAAGAUCAUCUUUAACAUGUGAAGCUUCUGAAUGUUCAGAAAAUAGAAAAAUACCAUCUUCAAAUACAAAAUCAUUCUUGAAUUACGAGGAACAAGUGAUAUCUACACUUGAUGCUAUAACAGAAAACAGUCAGCAGAAAAGUUCUUAUGUAGAAGCUUCUGUGAUUGAGAGUUCACAGUUAAAUGAUAAUAAUAAAUUAGGUUCUCAGAAUAAUGUCAAAAAAGGAAAGGACAGUGGAAAAAAGAGAAAAGAGCUGAGAGAAAUCGAAGAAACUUCUACAAACGAGCAUGUGCAAAAUAGCUCAUCAUUCACUAGAUCUAGUAAAGAUUCGGAGAAGUUAAACGUGCAUGGACUUGUUAUAUCGGAAACUAGUUUAGAAUCAGAUCAAGUGAAGGAUACGAGCCAAAGGACUACACUAUCAAGAACAAAAACCUUUGCAUAUAAAGAUCCAGAUUAUGAAAUAAUCGACAAGGAAAAUGAUAUUGGGGCAAAAAAGAAUAACCCCAAGACAUACAAAUUUAGAGGGACCUAUCAAAGUGCAACUGAUUUUGAGGCAGAGGAAAUAUUGGAAACUCAUCACAGCGCACAAAAGAAAUCGAAUAGUAACGCUAAUAAAAUGAAGUCCAGAACAUACACUCUAAAUUAUUUUGAGGAUAUCGCAUCAACUACAAAUUCAAAGAAAAGUUUUAAAUUCCAAAAUGAUGAAAACUCUGAAAUGAUCGAUAUUGAUGAAGAUAAAGCUUUAAUAAAUGUUCCUACAAAUCAAAAUAAUGAAAAAACCACUGUAACUUCAGUAAAUGAUCUACUUCUUUCUUCGACAAGUUCGGCAAUGUUGGAUAAUGAUUGGAAAGGAAAAAAUUCACGACGUAAAGCGCAUUCUAAAAAAAGAAGAAAAGAAAAUUAUUGCGUGUCUCCCGAAUCCAAAAGACAUGAAAAAAUAUUGAAGAAACAGCGUAAUGAUAUAGUUGAAAUCAUUGAUGAUGAUGAUGUAGCAGCCAUGAACAAUGAAGUGAAUCAAAGAAUGUAUGCAACUGAUUCUGGAAACAAGACAACUGUAAAACCAAAAAUAAAGAAACUAAUAAUUAGAUUGGAUCGACUUCAAGCGGUACCUAAAUAUCAGACCCCUGUGGAGGCAGUACCUUUAGUAUCUUCAAAGGACCAAAACAUUGAAUCUUCCAAACUGGAUAAAGCAUUUGAUGCUUUUAAAGAACAUCCUCAGACAGUUGUGACUAGUAUCGAACGUACUAUAAGAAAGGAAGAUUCAGCAUCAGUGGAAUCUAAGUACCAGAGUCAAAAACAUAAUGAAUCAGCACGUACAGUAGAUCUAAAUGAUCUAACGAGAUCCCAACAAAUACAGAUAUUCCAAGAAAACGACCAUCAUAAAUUUGUGCUCAAUCAGAAUCGAGAUCGUUCCGAUAAUUCAAAUAUCAGAAAAGAAAAUGAAGAUCAGUUUUCUAAUGAAUUAAACAAGGAUUAUGAAAUUCAAGACAGCAAUGAAUCAACUCAACUUCCAAUUGAAUCAAAAUCUAAAAUUGGAGAACAUCAUGGGAGAAGUUGUAGCAAAAAAAGUCGAGAUAAAAUUGAAAAUCAAACAUUUGACAGCAAGGAAAGUGAUGCAAAAUUAAACUCAAACGAUGUUAUAAAAACUUCAAGUGUAGAUCGAAAAUGUAGAAAAUUGGAUGAUGUUAAUUCUGUUCCGCCUCAACCAACUAAAGAAAAACGUGCGCCACUCGGUGAAGACAAAAUCAAAACUAUUGAAAAUGAAGAUAUUCCAACUGCAUUAACUACAGUUAAUGUUAUCGAUAAAGAAAGUGACAUAAUUGGGGAUAAUUCCACAUUAAGCUCAAAUGAUGUAAUGAAAAUUUCAAAAGGUCGAAGACGUAGGAAAUUGUACGAUGUAAAUUCCAUUCUGCCCCAACCAACUAAAGAAAAACGUAUGUUAAUCGAUGAGGACAAAAUUAAAACUAUUGAAAAUGAAGAUAUUCUAACUGCAUCAUCUUCAGUUAAUGUUAUCGAUAAAGAAAGUGACAUAAUUGGGGAUAAUUCCACAUUAAGCUCAAAUGAUGUAAUGAAAAUUUCAAAAGGUCGAAGACGUAGGGAAUUGUACGAUGUAAAUUCCAUUCUGCCCCAACCAACUAAAGAAAAACGUAUGUUAAUCGAUGAGGACAAAAUUAAAACUAUUGAAAAUGAAGAUAUUCUAACUGCAUCAUCUUCAGUUAAUGUUAUCGAUCAAGAAAACGACAUUAUUGGGAAUAAUUCCACAUUAAGCUCAAAUGAUGUUACAAAAACUUCAAAAGGUCGAAGACGUAGGAAAUUGUAUGAUGUAAAUUCCGUUCUGCCCCAACCAACUGAAGAAAAACGUGUGCCAAUCGUUGAAGGCAAAAUCAAAACUAUUCAAAAUGGAGAUAUUCCACCAGCAUUAUCUUCGGUUGAUGUUAUCGAUCAAGAAAACGAUAUUACUGGGGAUAAUUCCACAUUAAGCUCAAAUGAUGUUACAAAAACUUCAAAAGGUCGAAGACGUAGGAAAUUGUAUGAUGUAAACUCCGUUCUGCCCCAACCAACUGAAGAAAAACGUGUACUAAUUGAUGAAGACAAAACCGAAACUAUUCAAAAUGAAGAUAUUCCACCAGCAUUAUCUUCGGUUGAUGUUAUCGAUCAAGAAAACGACAUUAUUGGGGAUAAUUCCACAUUAAGCUCAAAUGAUGUUACAAAAACUUCAAAAGGUCGAAGACGUAGGAAAUUGAAUGAUGUAAAUUCCGUUCUGCCCCAACCAACUGAAGAAAAACGUGUGCCAAUCGGUAAAGGCAAAAUCAAAACUAUUCAAAAUGAAGUUAUUCCACCAGCAUUAUCUCCAGUUGAUGUUAUCGAUCAAGAAAACGACAUUAUUGGGGAUAAUUCCACAUUAAGCUCAAAUGAUGUUAUGAUACUUUCAAGAGGUCGAAGACGUAGGAAAUUGUACGAUGUAAAUUCCAUUCUGCCCCAACCAACUGAAGAAAAACGUGUACUAAUUGAUGAAGACAAAACCGAAACUAUUGAAAAUGAAGAUAUUCCACCAGCAUUAUCUCCAGUUGAUGUUAUCGAUCAAGAAAACGACAUUAUUGGGGAUAAUUCCACAUUAAGCUCAAAUGAUGUUAUGAAACUUUCAAGAGGUCGAAGCCGUAGGAAAUUGUACGAUGUAAAUUCCAUUCUGCCCCAACCAACUGAAGAAAAACGUGUACUAAUUGAUGAAGACAAAACCGAAACUAUUGAAAAUGAAGAUAUUCCACCAGCAUUAUCUCCAGUUGAUGUUAUCGAUCAAGAAAACGACAUUAUUGGGGAUAAUUCCACAUUAAGCUCAAAUGAUGUUAUGAAACUUUCAAGAGGUCGAAGACGUAGGAAAUUGUACGAUGUAAAUUCCAUUCUGCCCCAACCAACUGAAGAAAAACGUGUACUAAUUGAUGAAGACAAAACCGAAACUAUUGAAAAUGAAGAUAUUCCACCAGCAUUAUCUCCAGUUGAUGUUAUCGAUCAAGAAAACGACAUUAUUGGGGAUAAUUCCACAUUAAGCUCAAAUGAUGUUAUGAAAAUUUCAAGAGGUCGAAGACGUAGGAAAUUGUACGAUGUAAAUUCCAUUCUGCCCCAACCAACUGAAGAAAAACGUGUACUAAUUGAUGAAGACAAAACCGAAACUAUUGAAAAUGAAGAUAUUCCACCAGCAUUAUCUCCAGUUGAUGUUAUCGAUCAAGAAAACGACAUUAUUGGGGAUAAUUCCAGAUUAAGCUCAAAUGAUGUUAUGAAACUUUCAAGAGGUCGAAGACGUAGGAAAUUGUACGAUGUAAAUUCCAUUCUGCCCCAACCAACUGAAGAAAAACGUGUACUAAUUGAUGAAGACAAAACCGAAACUAUUGAAAAUGAAGAUAUUCCGCCAGCAUUAUCUCCAGUUGAUGUUAUCGAUCAAGAAAACGACAUUAUUGGGGAUAAUUCCACAUUAAGCUCAAAUGAUGUUAUGAAAAUUUCAAGAGGUCGAAGACGUAGGAAAUUGUAUGGUGUAAAAUCCGUUCUGCCCCAACCAACUGAAGAAAAACGUGUACUAAUUGAUGAAGACAAAACCGAAACUAUUGAAAACAAAAAUAUUUCAUGUUCAGUUUUUUCAGAUAAUGUUGUCAAUGAAGAGAACGAAAUAAUUCAGGAUAAUACAAAAUUGAAUUCAACUGAUAUUAAAAUACCAAGCGGUCGAAGACGAAGCAAACUGUACGUUGUUACAUCCGUUCUGCCCCAAUCAACUGAAGAAAAACGCGUGCCAAUUGAUGAAGAAAAAAUUGACACUAUUGAAAAGAAAAAUAUUUCAUUUGCAGCUUAUAUAGAUAAUAUUGACAAUGAAAAGAAUGAAAUAAUUGAUGAUAUUAAAAAACUGAACUCAAAUGAUGCUAAACAAACUUCAAGUACUGGUCAAAGACGUAGAAAAUUGUUUGAUGUUAAUUCCGUUUUGCCCCGACCAACUGAAGAAAAACGUGUGUCAAUUGAAAACGAAGGAAUUCCAUCUGAUUUAUCUUCAGAAGAAAAAUUUGUGUCGAUUGAUGAAGAUAAUGUCGAAACUAUUGAUAACCAAGAUCUUCCAUCGUCUUCAGUUAAUGUUAUUGAUCGAGAAAAUGACAUUUUCGAAGAUAACAUAGAGUUAACUUUGAACAAUCUUAGAAAAACUAUAAGUAUGGGCCUAAAAGAAGAACUAUUGGUCGAAGCAUCUCCACCUCAUGAAGGUAACGAAAAAACAGGAGAUCAUACAAAACUCUUUUCAAAGGACCCUAUGAAGACUUCAAGUGUAGGUCGAAAACGUAGAAAAUUGUUAAAUAUUAGUUCAAUGUCAUUUCAACUAACUGAAGAAGAAAAAAAAAUUGAAACAUCAAUUGAUGAAAACGAAAAUAUUGUAGAUCCGCCAAAAAAACCAAGGAAGGAUCUCGAUAACAAUGAAAACUUUGAUUGUGGAUACAUAAAAAUUUUUUCAAGUGGAUUAAUUUCACCGUUAAAAGGCAUGAGUAAAUCUAAGAAAAACUUCAGUACUUCCACAAAAUUAGAGACCAAGAAAAAACGUAAAUCUCAAUUUUAUGUGACGUAUAGUGAAAUAGUUGCAGAGCAAGAAGCAUUUAAAAGAAAAUGCAGAAAUUUAGUACGUGCUCAAAAAAUGAGCAUUGACGAAUUUUACAAACGAAAGGCUAAACGUAAAGAAAAACAUUUUAUAGACGACUCUAGAGAAAAGAAAUUGUUUAAAGUUAGACCUAUUACUAGUAAAAAUUAUGAUUUGUCCUUUUCACCGAAACCUGGUGAAUGGGAUGAACUUAAAAGUAUACUUGAAUUUGAUCGCCGAAAGACUAUUAGAGCAGAAAAGUCUGCAAAGAAAUACUCAAAAAAUAGUGAACAAUCCAGAAGAAAUACUUCUCCGAAAAGUAGUUCUAAAGAGAAAAUGCGUGAAGAGGGACUUCACAAUAAAAAAAUUAAUAUCAUAUCGAACAUAUGCAUAAAACGAGCAAAUGAAAUUCCAUUUUCUAAAAUUACAAAUUGUGAAGAACAGGAACAAUCCACAGAAUCUGACAAAAUCGAGGAAAAAGUUUUCAAGGAGUUGAAAGCCCCCUCGAAUAAUAUAGUUGCUCCAUGGUCUGCCCGUGCGUUUUUUAAUAAUGAAUUCAUAACUAUCGAUUCCGAUGAUUACAUUGGAAAAUAUUUGCUGAUAUUCUUCUACCCGUUCGAUUGUGGUGCUCUACCAGACGUUUCGCCCUCCUCGGAAAUAGAAUAUUUUCAAAAACAUUUUGAACAAUUUCAACAAUUGGAUAUACAUAUUUUAGGCUGCUCUGUAGAUUCUAUAUAUACUCAUAAAUUAUAUAUAACACAGCUGUUAUGUAAAAAUGAAUCUAUAGAUAAAAUAUCAUUUCCAUUAAUAGGAGAUUCUGGCUUUAAGAUCUGCAAAAUUUUUAAUGUGAUAUAUCCCAAUAAAGAACAUUCCUACAGGGCAUUGGUAAUUAUUAAUCCCGAAGGUAUAAUUAUUAAAAAAGUCAUUGUCAAUAUCAAAAACGAAAUGUUAUUGACGAAUGUUUUAGAUUUUAUUCGCUCACAAAAAAAUUCACGGUAGUUCUGUUUUACAAAUUCUAUACUUUUAUUUUAAUUAUAAAAGUUGAAUAGAUUAUAUUUGAUUUUAAAAAAUGUGUACUUAGUUUUGUAUAAAUUUAGUCAACUUAAGAAAUUUUGUUAUUGUUCAAAACAUAAUUUUGUGUAUUCUUAAAAAUGUGUUCAUAACAAAAGUUUUUCUACCAAUAAAAAAAAUAUAUUUUGAUUAGAUUACGAUGAAAUUCCGUUUCUCAAAAAAAAUCAUUCGUAAGGUUUUCAAUUGCAUCAUGAAAUUACAGAGGAAAUUCUGUAUAUCGAGGAAGGAGCCUGGGUACCCAUAAUGCUACAGUUUUUUCUAGAAAUAUGGUAUAUCGAGAUAAUCAGUUUGGUGUGUUUAUGGCAGGUGGCGGUUGACUGCACCAACUAUUAGUUUAUUUCUUUAUUAGCAGUCAUAAAAUUACUUAUCUAUUUAAAACAUUUUCAUAUUUGAAAAAUUCUUUCCUUAGGUUUGAAAUUAAAGUUUUCUUGAUAUAACUUCAUCGGUUCAUAAAAAUUAAGUCGUAGUUGGUAUUAAAACUUAAGUAUAGGAGAUACAGUAUACUUAUAGCUUUUAAAUUGCUAGGUUUACUAGGUUUCAUCAAAUAAGAAAAAGGUGAAUUUUCAUUUGA